ACCACCAGGUUCGAAUCGGGUUGAGGCAAGAAGCCGCGGAAGUGACGGAAAGGCGGUGAUGGCGGCUCGCUGUUCUAUUCCGGAUUUGCUGUGAACUACAAAGAGUUUUAACGUGGACUGUUUGACUUUAAGUGUUUCACAGUAGAUGCUCUGAAUUGACAAGACACAAAGAGAAGAAGACCGUAUAGUGACGUGACGCCGGGAAACACGAAAGUUUUGGGCAAUUUUUCUUAAAGGUUCAAGGUGGUCAACAUAUUAGCUAGCGAGCUGCGUGGUGGACUCCUACUAGUAAUACUAGCAGUCGUCGUGCAGGAAUACCCACGUUUAGCGUUAGAUGUUUCGUUUUUUUAUAUUUGAACAAAUAGUCAACUUUACAACCACGAUGCGUUUUUAUCUAUGAGUUUGUGUAGCAAGCGUGCAGAGGUAGCCACUCGCAUGUUUGCUUCGUCUCGACUAAAUUAGAUGUAUUCGAUUCUUUGAUAGGAAAGCGAAAGAGGAAAAAAUUGACAUUAUUUAACGGCUUGAAUCACAUUGGCCAAUUUGGCUGUCAGGACUAGUCUGUCAUUUCGGCAUAGCAUUGUUCCUGAGUCUGGAUACUUGAGUGGUCGUCGUAAUGCUGAAGACCCGACAGUGUCUACUUGGCAUCCGCACUUUACUUGGAGUAUCGUCCAGAAUAUGGGGCUUCAUCUUGUAUAUUCUCAGGAAGCACCUUCGUACGAUAAUCCAGUACCAGACGGUGCGGUACGACACUUUACCCCUGUCCCCCAUCUCCAGAAACAGACUCGAUGCUGUGAAGAGGAAGAUUCUGGUGCUGGAUCUGGACGAGACGUUGAUCCACUCUCACCACGAUGGGGUCCUCAGACCUACUGUGAGACCAGGCACACCGCCAGACUUCAUCCUCAAGGUAGUCAUUGACAAGCAUCCAGUCCGAUUCUUCGUACACAAAAGACCGCACGUCGACUUCUUUUUAGAAGUGGUUAGCCAGUGGUACGAGCUGGUGGUGUUCACUGCCAGUAUGGAGAUCUAUGGCUCGGCUGUGGCAGACAAACUGGACAACAAUAGGAACAUCCUGAAGCGCAGAUACUAUAGACAGCAUUGCACACUGGAUUUAGGCAGUUACAUUAAAGACUUAUCCGUCGUACAUGAAGACCUGGCCAGUAUUGUUAUCCUGGAUAACUCACCUGGUGCCUACCGGAGCCAUCCAGACAAUGCAAUACCCAUAAAGUCAUGGUUCAGCGACCCUAGUGACACUGCACUUCUUAACUUGCUGCCUAUGCUCGAUGCACUAAGGUUUACCGCUGACAUCCGCUCCGUCCUCAGUCGAAACCUCCACCAGCACCGGCUCUGGUGAUUGGCUAGAUUCCGAAUUUGAGGAUGGGGGAGGGGCUUAUCGAUUGGCCCUUUUUUUUUCUUUUUUUAAUCCUUCCUCCCCUUCCUCAUGGGCAUCUGUCUCUCUCUCUCUCUGUAAGUCCCUCUCCGGAGGGACACCUGAGAGAGGGGCAGCGGUGGGACAACAAAACAGGACUGCCCCAGGAAAUGACUGGGGAAGGGGGGAAGCAAGCUUUGUCCUCCUUCGUGAUUUAAACUUUUUUUCUUCUUCAAACACAAUGGAUGGUCUCUGCCUUACAGCUCCUGACACUGACCUAGAGCGCCCGGGGCUGCGUCCGUGUCCAUGAGUCUGUGAGCGAGGAGUAUGCACGUGUUCGUUGGGUCUUUUUAAACUUUUUGACAUUAAGAGAAAAUCCUGAGAAGGGACAGCAAAGCAAUGAAGACAAGUUUCCAUCAUUAAUCCUUACGUUUUACUACCCUCGACACUGCACUUCAAUGGAGACUGCAAGCUAUUCUCUUAUUAGAUAACUUGAUACCAGACUGAACCUCACUUGACAUAGCCACGAGCAGCUAAAGCAAAAUAUGAGUGAGGGUGUGAUUGGUUUUCAAUCCCAGGCCUGUUUUAGGACCUGUGUUUGUACAUUGUACUUUGGUUAAUUGUAUGCAACAAGGAUUUGCUGGCUAAAUACCUAACACAAAACAUCUCUGAAUUAGGUCAAAAGCAGGUCAGACUUUUUCUUCAUAAAAUGAAAAUCAUCCAUAACCAACCAUCUCAUUUUCCCCCCCUCAAACUCCUCAUGGUACACAAUAAUACAAAGACAUGAAACAGAACUUGGAACAGUUGUGAAAGGAAAUAAUCGUUCAAGACUUAUGGGCUUUGAACCUGCCCUCCUUGAAUUACUGCUAUGAUGUAGGUACAAUCCUAUGACCUAGUUUUGCUUUCCCUUUCUACCAAUUGAUACCAUCCUGCUUUUGAAAGAUAAGGACUUGCACUUAAUUUCUUAUCAUUUUGUGGAUGGUUUUGUAUUUGAUGCAAAACAAGCAUCAAUUAUUCAGAUCUGCUACCCUUACUGGUUUCACUGUCUGACCAACAUCUAUUAAAUGGCAUUUGAACCAUUUCUGUCUUGUCCAGGGCUCAAAACAGCUUAUCGGGUCAGUCUCCAGAUCUGUGUUUCUAAUAAAACACUUGUCAGUA